GAUGUGGAAUCAGGGUCGCCUGCCAGGAUAUUUAAGGAACAGGCUCACACCCUCUGCAGAUUCAAGUUGAAGCUGGUCACCUGCUCUCGCCAGUCUUGUUCCUACUUCAGGACCUAAUGGCACCGUCUCAUUUUGUCUUUUAGUUGAGACUUGGCUACCCCAGAAUCACCGCGAAGAUCUCUUGAGCCCUUUUAUCUGUCAACGAUGCAAUCGUUAUACUCUGGGCUGUUAGGCCCGCACGAGACCAUGGCGCUUGCAUUGGCAUUCACUGUUGCUAUUGUUUGGUGGUUCGUUUCUGCAUUCAGAAAUUGGUACCGCCUUUCUCACGUUCCCGGGCCGUUCCUGGCUUCAAUAUCUUCACUGUGGAUGGUCAAGAAAGUCCUGAGUGGAACCGUCGCAGAAGCCUUGCUGGGCCUACAACAGCAUGGGCGUCUCGUGAGAGUGGGUCCGAACUACCUUUUGACAGACGAUCCGGACACUCUCCGCCAAAUAGCGUCUGCCAGAAGCGAAUACAACAGGGAUGAGUGGUGGGAAAGCUUGAGCCUGACGCCAGGACAUUCCAAUCUCGCAACCAUUCUGGAAAUAGGACCCCAUGAUAAGGUCAAAGCCAAGAUGUCUGCCGCUUACGGCGGUCGAGACAACAUGGACAUGGAGAGGAGGGUCGAGGCAAAGAUCAUGCACAUGAAGGAUGUCAUACGCCAAAGAUACGUUUGCGAAGGCGACCAAGCCAAAUCUGUCGACCUCGCGCGUUUGUCCUAUUACUUCACUCUGGACAUCAUCACCGACCUGGCUUACGGCGAGUCGUUUGGCUUCUUGGAUGCCGAGGGCGACUUGUACAACUAUACAAAAUCCCUGGACCAGCUGCUCAAUGUGACUGGUGUUGUCUCAGAACUCCCUACCAUGCGGAAAAUUGUCAACUUUCCCGCGGUCAACUAUUUCUUGAGACCCAAUUUCUCCGACAAAUCAGGCUUGGGUCGUUUGAUGGGGAUCGCCCGAGACAUAAUUGAGAAGCGGUACGAAAGCGGCGAGGUGAACCACGGAGACAUGCUGGGAUCCUUCAUGCGCCACGGGAUAGAAAAGGGGCCUGCCAUAGACGAAGUGCCGCUUCAACUAAUUGCCGGCGCGGAGACCAGCUCAACAGUCAUCAGGAGUACCAUGUGCUUUCUAAUGACAACCCCUCGGGUCUACCAGAAGCUCAAGUCACACAUCAAUGAGGCAAUCCAGGCCGGUGUAGCAUCAUCACCCAUAACCGUGGAGGAGGCGAAAAAGCUACCAUACCUGCAGGCCGUCCUCUCUGAAGGAAUCAGGAUGCGUCCACCGGCGCCAUACGGCCACUACAAGGUUGUUCCUCCAGGCGGCGACACCCUCAAUGGCCUGUUCAUCCCCGAGGGGACGGCUGUCGGGCACAACUCGUUCUCGAUGAUGAGACGAAAGGAAAUUUUCGGGGAAGACGUGGGGAUAUUCCGGCCGGAGCGCUGGCUCGAGUGCAGUGACGCCCAGAGACAGCAAAUGGACCGGACAGUUGACAUCCACUUCGGGGGAGGCCGGUGGAUGUGCGCCGGUAAGCUCGUGGCCUAUACUGAGCUGUACAAGAUAUACUUCGAGCUCUUGAGGGAGUUUGAUUUCCAGCUCGUCAAUACGUCGAUGCCAUACAAGGAAGAUUCCUUUGUGCUCUGGAGACAGAGGGAUAUGCAUGUCAGGAUCUCCAAGGCCACUUGGGGUAACUGAUGGUAAUCAGUUUCUACGAGGAGGACGCAAAUUCCUGUGUCUCUGGGAGGAAUUCGAGAUAGCGGAUAUAUUGUCUCAACGCAAACGGGAACUCCCAAGACGAGAUAGUCAAAACUAUCAGUAGUUGUGGCCGUUGCAAACCCGGGGUUCUCCCUAGAACUUGCAAGUGUGGAAUUGGGAUUGCUCGGCUUUGUCUGCAUUCACUUCGAUUUGACCUUGCGCAUCAAGUGAACAGGACCUACGCCCCAGCACCUACAUACUUUGGUAUAUAUAGUCCCAUGGUAUGGCGCUUCGAAAUAAUUGCAGUAAGCAUUGCUCACGGCUAUCGUAUCUGCAAAAUGCCUAAAAAGGGCCCAGUAGAAAUGAUGAUCUGAAUUAUUCCCGUGGACUGGUCCGAUGUGAAUCUCGCU